AUGGAAAAAAAAUUACGUCCACAUUCGAUGAAAACAAAUGCUUUUAUAGCUAUUGUAUUAGCUACUGGUGCUAUAACAUCAUGCAUGAUUUCAUUUCCAAUUAUUUUUACCUAUAUUCAAUCAUUAGAAAGUCAUGUGCAAACGGAAUUAGAUUUAUGCAAGACGCGUGCUAGAAAUAUGUGGAAAGAAAUGCUUGAAAUGAAAACUAAUGAUAAGCAGUUGACAGCGUUACGUGUUAGUCGUGCCGCAAAGAUACUGCACGGUGUUGUGACGGAAGUGAAAGAUCGUAGACGACGUCAAAAUCAGGGCCUGUGUUGUACAUGUCAACGUGGACCACCUGGACCACCUGGUGAACCAGGACCUGAUGGUGUGGAUGGUAUCGAUGGUGUUAUUGGUGAUAUUGGAUUGCCAGGAACACAAGCAAUAGAACCACCAGAAUGGUCUCAACGUUUCCCAGAACAAUGUCCAUGUGAUGCUCCAGCAGGUCCUUCAGGUGGUCCAGGACCACGUGGGCCACAAGGACCUCCAGGAGAUGCAGGAAUGCCAGGAACUGAUGGAGCACCAGGUGAACCUGGAAUACAAGGACCACCAGGACCACCAGGACGAAAUGGUAAUCCGGGAAUGAAAGGCUCUCCAGGUAUACCAGGCAGACAGAUACCAGGUGGUGAAGGACCACCUGGACCACCAGGUCCGCCAGGAAGGCCAGGAAAUGUUGGACCACGUGGACCACCAGGCCAACCUGGUGUAAAUGGAGAACCAGGAUCAGCAGGUGAAGAUGGUCCACGAGGACAACCAGGACCACCAGGACCAGCAGGACAGCAAGGGCCACCAGGUCAUCCAGGUGAGGAAGGAGCGAAAGGACGAUGUGAUCAUUGUCCACCUGCACGAUUAGCACCGGGUUAUUAA